CACAUGUGGUAGUUGUCUACUACGUAGGUACUAGGUAUUCAGGGAAUAGUAUAAGAUUAUGCAGAUUUACAUACAAUGUCAACUCCCGUACCAAGUAGAUAAAGUCCCUGCAAAAUCUGGAAUGAAUCAACCACAAUACCUCCUGGCAGGUUAGUUGCGGAACGACCUACCCCGGACCCCCUAUUUGCUAGCCCCGCAAUAUAACGGCCAAGUCAAAUCAAAAAUCUACUAUUUCUGGCGAAUGAGGACGGAGGAUAUAUUCUUAGUUAUCACUUACACAUAUCUAGAAGCAGGUGUGUCCGUGCUGUGGUUGACUUGAGCGGCUAAAAUCAACAAUUUAAGGACACCAAGAGCUUGAUAAACCGUGGGCACUAUGUGCUAGCUAGAUCGAACUGUCGUGCUUACCUAGGCCACUUUCAACACCUUCGGUGAAGAAGCACUCACUAGCACUCAACAUGAAGCUAUCCUCAACAGUUGUAUCUCUCUGGCUCGCUUUAGUUCUCGGCCAACAAUUCCCUGAAUGUACUCGAGAGCUCGCAGCGACCGACGACUGUGCUGACGUUAUCAACGCCAACGCCUGCUACAACCAGUUCCGCUUCAGGAACAAUCAGACACUCUCAUGUAUUGGCGGCACGACAAAUGACGAGAGGGCCUUGAAGGCGUGCAAGUGUUGUAGCUGUGUCGGCACACAAAUGUGCAAUUGGGUUACCCAGUCACGAUUUCAGUGCUAGGAUGGAUGAUAAUGGAGGUGCUACGAUAGGUCCAGAGAUUUGCAAGGAGAGGAGGGACAAGAGGGAACACUGAUCGAGGUAGAGAUCUAUUUGCCUGAUAGCUGCAAGGCUUGGACAUUUAUCUCGCUGCUUUCGUAACUGAACCCACCACUACAACAAGGACAAGAGGUGUUGCUAUUCUUUUGACUAAGUACUAAAAGAAAAUCACUAAUUGAGCGCUCUGCAAAUAGCCCUAUUUCUUACUGGGUAUAUAACACAGCUCAAAGCAUUACCUACAUUUCUUAAUAAGAGACGGU